GCUGAGGGAGCGGGCUACCAGCGAGUGCUACAGGUUGAUCUGGAAGUCAACGGUUUGAUGAUGACUCACGGGGGAAGGGAGGUGACAUGGCAGGUGGAAUACCCGCUCACCCGUACUCUGACCAGUGAGGUGCAGACCCUCAUCCGCCUGGCGCCACAGGACUUGGGUGGCAUCGUGCCACUCGCCAUGGCAAGUACUUGUGUGUUAAGAUAUGCCUUUCUUUUUUUUUUCCAGGACACAGAAAUCCUGAACACAGCCGUUCUCACAGGCCGCACAGUCGCUGUUCCAGUGAAAGUGGUCACUGUUGGGACAGAUGGAGCCAUAUCAGAUGUCACAGAGUCAGUGGAGUGCAAGUCUACAGAUGAGCAGGUUAUCAAGGUUUCAGAGCGCUGUGACUAUGUGUAUGUGAAUGGAAAGGAGACGAGAGGGAAGACCAAGGUGAUGCUCAACUUUACCUACAGUUUUCUCGGCGCACAGCUGGAGAUGAGUGUCUGGAUGCCCCGCCUACCUUUGGUCAUCGACGUGGCUGACCCAGAGCUCAGCCAGAUUAAGGGCUGGAGGGUCCCCUAUGGUUCAGGCAACAGGAGGUAUGAACGGGUUACCGAUGACAGGGAAGGUGCUGAGACAGCGGAGGACAGGACAGAAAAUGCCUGUGUGGCGCAGUACCAGAGCACCUCUCUGCGGGUCCUCACACACUUUGUAGCGGAUAGUGGAGAAAUGAAGGGAGUCAUGGAAGACGAGGGUCAAAACAACUUCUUGCUUGGUAGUGACUGGCAGGUGGAUGUGACCCAACUGGUCAAGGAAUCUUUGAGGGUGGAGGACCCAAAGAUCGCCAAACUGAUGGACGGCCAGGUUCUCAUCGGACUGACCCCUGGAACAACCAAACUUCAGGUAGUGCCGUCCCCUCUUACAUCCCUGGUCCUGGCUGAAAAGAGCAUCAGGGUGCAAGAUGAUAAAGUGAGUGUGACAGAGCUCGGGGUGCAGUUGGUAUCUGGUCUCUCUCUCUCCCUACAACUGAGCCCAGGGAGCAACAGGGCCAUCGUCGCCACCGCAACGACACAGGAAGUAAUCGAGUCACUGAAACAGGAAUCUCUCAUCAGUGCUUGGCUCCAGUUCAGUGACGGAUCCAUGACUCCUCUAGACAACUACAACCCUGCGCAUUUUACUCUGGCAGCAACGUCUUUGGAUGAACAGGUAGUGGGGGUGCAGCAAAGUUCUGCUUGGAAGUGGCCCAUCAUUGUUGCCAAGGGAGAAGGUCAGGGUUUGCUUGUGCGUGUUGAAAUGAGCCCGUCAGAAGUGUGCCAGAGAGGUAAAAGACGUACAACUUUAGCGACUGGAAUGGCAAAUAUACAGGUAAGGUUUGGCCAACCAGAAGAUCAGUAUAGACAACCCGGUGACAGAAGAACACGUCCUGAUCCUCCAUAUUAUGGUGGAUCUAUCUCUGACAUGGAAACUGGGUUAAUUAACCGUGGAGCCACUACCAUCAGGGGUCAUGUCCCAGUGAGGCCUAACGGGAGUCGCUUAUCAGCAGACAGUGGUGCAAGGGCCCCAAACCAAUUCUCUGAAUAUCCAGAUCAGGCAGAUCUGCCGCGGAGCCGCACCACUGAUGAGGACCUUUUGCCAUCUCGACGAGGCCUGACCGACUUGGAGAUCGGUAUGUACGCUUUGUUGGGAGUCUUCUGCCUGGCUAUCCUGGUUUUUCUCAUCAACUGCAUUUCUUAUGCAUACAAGUACCGUAGCAAGCAUCUGUCUCUGGAGGCCCCAGAGGCAAUGCCACAUGCUCACGAUUGGGUUUGGCUAGGCCAGGAGGAGGGACUCUGUCUGCAACAGCAGCAGCAUGAAGAACCAGGCUGUGGCCUGGAGGAGGGCAGUCAGUUAUUAAAUGGAGGUGUCCAACGUGGUGGCAUCGGUGUUGGGGGAUGCAACUCAAGUGGAAGAGAUCACAAGAGUGAAUCACUUAACUCACCCACCACAAAGAGAAAGAGGGUGAAGUUUACCACUUUCUCCAAUGUGAAGUCAAGCAAUGGAUGUCCAGUGCUCAGCCCAUUAGCACUAGUGCAGACCAGUGAGAUAAAAUGGGUCUGUCCAGACAUCGAGCUCGGGGACUCAAAGGAUCUUAGGAACUACAUGGAAAAGCUUAAUGAGAAUGCAAUUAAAAACACUGUGUAA